AAUAUAAAACUGUUUAAUAGGAAAGACAAGCACAACUACAAACUAUUUAAACUAAAUAUAUAUAUAAAACUUAUAAUAGAUGGAAAUUACUAUUCUAUCAGACUGGAACAAGUUUUCUAUAUCUACAGUAGACUAUACAAACAGGCAGUAUAA